UGUUUCGGUAGAAAACUCAUACAAAACACGCUUAUAUUAGAAUAAACCUUGAAACGAGAAUGGAGGAAGACGAGAGGAGAGAAGCAGCAAUCGCAUCAGCUGCGUGUCUGAACCCUAAAUUCAAGCCCUCGUUUGCUGUUGCCCAAGCUCGCCUUUCCAAAUUCCAGGAACUGCACAAGAGGCGAUUACAGAUAAAAGAAAAAUCCAAGGUCAAAAAGAAAUCACAAGGGAAGCCUUCUAGGCCAAACAGAUUAGAAGAGAAGGAUAACCAUGUUGAUGAAUUUGUAGCAAGCAAAAUCCCAUGUAAAACAGCUGAAGAUACACCCAGUUCUACCUCAUUAGAUGUUUCUUCAAUGCCAAAACCACAAAUACCAUCAAAGAAACCAUACAAGUUACACUGGGGGCUUGACACCAAAGAAAGAUGGGAAAGGAAAUCCAACAUGUAGUCCAGAGAUGAAGAUUCUUAGGAUCAUUGUGUAACGUGUUUUCCCUUUAGUGCUGAAGGGAUAAAUGAUGUAUGUCUGGAGUAAGUAAUAAGUGCUGAAUACACAAAGAAUCUCUUUUUGUUUGAAUACGAGUAAAUGACCGUUUUACCCUUGUGAAUGUAUUACGUGGAAAAAACUCCC